AUGGGGGUGCAUCCUGUUCUUAGUAACAAUAAUAACACGGUGGAGGAAGCUGCUGACGGAGGGGUCGGGAUCGCUGUCGGCCCCGUUUCUAUGCAGUCCACUUCCAUCAUAGCCAUUCUAGAUCAAGAUCAACCCCUGCGACAAUCCGGCCCGCCUACAAAGUCCGACUCUGCGCCGCAUUUUCCUUCUACUUCUCAAUCCCACUGCCAUGCUGACGGCAACGACACAAAACCUGAGCCUUCUGCUCUAGCCACCAAAGGUACCGACGCCAUUCCUAACAAUCAAUCGCGCGGACACCGCAAGAACGCACCCUCUGUCGAUGCCGUCCCGCGCCAAACUCUUAUGAAAGCACUGGCUUCUGUCGCACGGAAUAAUAAACCCGAAGCGUUAUCAAUAAACAACAUGUUGUCCGCCCACUCAGCAGCGGUCGAUAAACGACCUGGCAAUUCUUCGUCCUCUCAGCAACUCUCCGACGCUCUAUCCGAGCUUGCCGCCCGAAACAUAACUCCGACCACCGCAUUCCCCUCUCUUCAGUCACCGUGCUUCUACCACAACCGAUUUGAUGACGCAGUCGAUAUUGAUAAGGUCCUCGAGGAAAUCAAAAACGACGAGUGGAUGUCGCAUUCCAGAUUAGUGCAGACUGCCACCGGCGUUCGUGAAGUGUCGAAGCAGCUGCAGCGCCGGCCCAUCCGCCGAGCUGUCCGAAGUGUCAUGAUCGUCACCAAAGCCCGCGAUAAUGAAUUGGUGUAUCUGACCAGGGAGCUGACCAUGUGGCUACUGAGAACCCCCCGAUACGGCUCAGACAUAGGAGUCAACGUCUACGUCGAUGCGAAACUACGCAACUCGAAGCGUUUCGGUGCUUCUAGCAUUGUGGACGAAGAUCCCCGCUUUGAGUCUAUGCUUCGAUACUGGUCUCCGGACCUUUGCUGGAGUAGCCCGGAGAAAUUUGACCUUGUUUUGACCCUUGGUGGUGAUGGUACUGUGCUGUUUACCUCCUGGCUCUUCCAAAGAGUUGUUCCUCCCGUUUUGUCGUUCAGUCUGGGAAGUCUUGGCUUCUUAACAAGCUUCGAAUUUGAGAAGUAUAAGCAGCAUCUCAACAAGGUUAUGGGUGACGAUGGUAUGCGUGUCAACCUUCGUAUGCGAUUCACAUGUACCGUCUUCCGUAACGGCGCCUCUUCGGGUCAGGAGAUGGAAGAGGGUGAACAAUUUGAAGUUCUUAACGAGCUUGUCAUCGACCGCGGCCCAUCCCCUUAUGUCUCCAACCUUGAGCUGUACGGUGACAACGAGCUCUUGACCGUUGUCCAAGCGGACGGAUGCAUCUUCUCCACACCAACUGGAUCGACCGCAUAUUCCCUCUCCGCGGGCGGCUCUCUGGUCAGCCCUGACCUUCCUGCCAUUCUCCUUACUCCUAUUUGCCCGCACACACUAUCUUUCCGACCGAUGGUGCUUAGUGACACAAUGCUACUUCGUGUCUCUAUUCCGCGUAAUUCCCGCGCAACAGCCUACUGUGCGUUUGAUGGAAAAGGCAGGGUGGAACUGAAGCAGGGCGACUGUGUGACUAUCACGGCUUCUCAAUACCCUUUUCCCACCGUGAUGCGUACCGGAACCGAAUGGUUCGAUAGCGUUUCUCGCACGCUUCAAUGGAACACGCGAGCUGCCACCCAGAAAGGCUUCGAGAGCAAAAUUGGCGGUUCCGUCAAUGAAGACGAUGAGCCGGAAUGGGAUAUCGACACUGAUUCUGCAUACUAUGCAAGUGAAGAUGGCAGCACCAGCGCGAGUCCCUUACGACGACAGAUGAGCCUUCUAAACAUGUAG